CUCUGUUGAGCUCUCCUCUCCCCAAAAAUAAAUUCCUAACUCACAAAAGGUUGAGCGCUCCUAAAUCCGCUUCCUUAUCACCGUCGGAGCCUAGUUCGCUGGCCCUGCUACGAUUGAAAACACGACCACCAUCCGAAUCCUCCAUUAACAACAAGUCCUCCUGCUUCUUCCAAGAAAAUCAACAUCUGAAAUGGAACCACCCUCAGUCCUCAACCUUAUCGCUGAAUCGCUGUAAUGCGUCGUCGCUGCGUGUAGGUCUCAUGGCUCCGUGCCUCGCUGACUUGGCCGGAUUCAGAUCUUUGAGGUGAAUGCGACCUCUCCCUUGGCUCGAUUGCAGAUCAUUGUUCUUCUCUACUCUUAAUUGCAAAUCUAUUCUUUCAAUUUUUUCUGCUGCUAACCCUAAGUUCACCGACAUUAUGCAUGUCGACGGAGUUGUGGUGGCAAACACUGUUGCUGUAGAUUGGUGGCUGUCUGCAUCGUUCAAACUUCAUUGAGGUAGGUCUCUGGCCCAGAGUAGGCAGUUAAUAGCAUGAAGCCAUUUUUGCUCCCACAACUCUUAGGCGGGUAGUAUCCUGUUUUAUUGCAGUGGAGUUUAUAGUAUAGAGUAUAAUCAUUACCCUUGAUCUUCUGGCUAUAGCAUGCUUAUGGUUCUAGAUCUAGUUGGAUAGUGGUAAUAAUUCGUUGGUAUGAGCUUUAUCCGGUAGCAGGUAAGGAGAAGUUAAGUGCUUGAUUCCUGUAAAAGCUUGAGCCUCUUGUUCUUCUUUUGAUCAACUCGAUUAAAAAAACAGUACAACUUCUUCCUUUUCCUCCAAGUUUGGGUUAUUUUCAUUGAUUCUAAUUUGCCAAUCAAUAUUUUUGUUAUUUCACAGUAGGCAAGAGACUUUGCUUGACAGUUUCACCAGCUUAUUUACUUAAAUCCGGUUGUUGAGUUUGAAGGGAUCCCCCAAGGUUGAAUUCUUGACGAAGAAAGAGCCCUCUUACAUACAUUUGGCACAGGUGAAGUAUAUUUUCCCUGAAGCCAUUGAGAUAACUAAAGCUCUCAAGGUCAAUGAACAAACCGGCUCUAUGAUCCCUGAGCUCUGUGUCUCUCUGAAUGUCGAUUAUGUUGCGCUGGAGUUCAUAUUGGAGGAGAGCAGCCUUACAUGGCAUGAGGAGAAGUCUUUAGAAAUUGAUUGGCAGAUUUAUUUGCAGAUCACCCUGAGGUAAAUCUGCUCUAGUUUAAGCGGUUUUAAACUCAAAUUAGACUAGUUAAGCGGUUUUAAAGUCAUAAAUGGAUGUGUAAGCACGUUUAUUGAUUUUGGAACUUUAUUGUGUUUGGUACUUGUUUUUUAUUGAAGAUUUCUAGGCAUAAUUCAACUUAUCUAGAAGAAGAUAAUGCUGCCACUUUAAAUAUGGUUUUUGAGACAUGCGAAUCUGGAUUUUUUAGGAUGGUUGUGUAGUUGCUCUUUGUGAAACUUGAGAUUCACAACUUUCUAUAUUGGGCUACUAUAGGAGUUCCUGUGAAGAAUCUGCAUCGAGCUUUUUGUACUAUCCUAAAGGAGUGAAGUGGUAAGUUCACUCCUCGCCUAUUUCCUUCCUCUUCCUUCAAAUUUGCUUAUCAAGUUAGUCCGCCAAGUUACAGAAAUUUCUAUUUUGUGUUGAUAAACUUUCAUAACUUCAAUUAACAGACAGUGAAGUAUGUUAGUACCACAUCUAUCAUUAGAAAGAUAGGUAUCGAGCACUAAAUUGUACCAUCUAAAACAAAUUAUUGUUUCUUUGAUCAUGAAUCAUAUUAAGGAAAAGGAGGCCUGAGGCUUGAUCAUGGAUCAUACCAAUGUCAGAAGCUUUCUCGGUCUGUAAAACCUAUGUUCAUCAUCUAGAGCACUGUUGGUCAAAACUUGUUUGAAUCAAAGUUCACCAAUGAAGGGGGAUUUGACUGAGAUAUGAAUCAGUAUGAGUUGUAUUGUGCAUGCUCCAUGCAGGUCUCCCCAACUCUAACAUCACUUGUCAAUCCCACUCAUACCUUUCAACUGCUACAUUCCAGGUAUGAAUUAAUUAAUUAUUCUUCAUGUAGGGAAUUUGCUAUAUGUGUUACUUAUUAAUUGAAAGAAAGCUUCAAAAAGGGAUAACCCAUUGCUUUUCUUUCUUUAUCUCGUCCAGGAGUAUGGGCUGUAAAUAAUGUUGUUCACAAGUCACUACUUGGUAGGUAUGUAGGAGCAAGAGAUUGACUGGGUUUUGAAGCUUGAUUCCAUUAACGACGCCAUUAGCAGUCUGUGGAAGAAGAUAAACUUUCUGGUGUUCAUUACCUGGGCCUGGUGGUACAAAACAAGACCUGAAAAUGGGUAUAUAUGCAUCUAUGCUUUAACAAUGUGGACCAAAUAGGUAGAUGCAACAUGAAUGCAGAAAAAACAAUCAUCUUCUUUCAAGGAGCUUCUCCUUCUCAUUACAAGUAAAAAGCAUUCCCUGGGCUAUAUAUAAUCUGAUUUCACUCCUAUCCUGUCAUCUAUGAUUUUUUGUAUGCUUAUCGUUGGACAGCAGUGGCAUAGAGUGGGGGAAGCCAGGAUUAAGAGACUGCCCCCAUGAGACAGAUCCAGUACUACUAUCCACUUUAAAUCUCGCCAUUGAUGAUUGGAACCAACUUCUCUACACUACUAUUCUAGAUCAAGGUUUGGCACAAGCAUGAUUCUUUUAGAUCAGAUGUCAGUACAACUUGGUGUCAUUAAUUAGUAUAUUUAUUUUGAUGCAAGUACAAAUCAAAGUACACUGGUGGUCAAACUCAAAACUUGGUUGAAUCAAAGUUCAUCUUUUGGAGUUGCGCUGCUUUGAACCCAGCUUGGCUCAAGGCUAAUCAUAAUAGGCCCAUGGAUGAGACUUGUUGGUCCAACAUGCUAUCAAGGUUUUAUGCAGGUGUAGUAGUCUUUUCCUUAUGCAAGGCGUCAAGUUACAGCCACGGCAUGCUAUGUCUCCCAAUGAGACAGCUCGAUUAUAGCCAUGUUGGUGUGCAUCAAUCAACUAGGUUAAUAUCGAAUCCCAGAGUGCCAUCUAUAAAUCUUGAUGCAUAAUUGAGUUGCAUGACAACAUAAAGGUAACAAUUGAGGCUUCUAUUCUUUUUGUGACAUGUUUUUGUGCUAAAUUGUAAGUGAAACUAAACAAGAAGCUGAUUGUUAAUGAUAUGAUUGUGGAAUCCAUAGGGCAGCAAAGGACAAUGUUCAUAAAAACUCAAAGCACACUGAAUCCAUCAUCUCUAACGUUCUAUCCUAGGUAACCAGUGAUGGAAGUUGGAGUUCAGAUUUUCCAAAUGCUAGUGCAACCAUGACUUCUCAGCUAGCUAAAUCACUGUUUGGUAUUGAUGGUAAGCUUCUUUGAAAUGGUACCCCUUAGUUUUACUUGUGUGAGUUCUAAUUUCCAACGAUUCGUGUUCUAUUUCUUAUUCAAUUCCUUUCCUGACAUUCUUUGUUGCACAUUCAGAUGUUAGAUUGAUGAAAUACGUGACUGAUUGGAUUAUGAGAUUCUCUUUUGUGUUAACUAAUUGAACUAAAGAUUGUGUAUUAGACUGGAGCUAAUGUUUUCCCUAGAAUUGAGGGACUGAUCAUAUAUGAUAUUUGUUUGGUUGGCCUUGUAACAGGUUAGGAUGAGUUUCAAAAGAAAGUUGUGCAAUAUAUGGUGUGGGUGAUUCGGAAGAAAGCCAAGUUUGAUAUUGUGGUGCUCUUAAUAACUUGCUUUUUGCUCAAGUCUGACAUUAUUCCUUUGGUUGUGAGCUAUUUGUUGAGCUUAUAUUUUGUCAAUUUCCUUUUGAUAAUUUGUAAUGUGUACUGAGAAGGGAAGUUGGCAAUUUGUGGCACGGAUAAUACCUAAGAAAUGGGAAGGUGAUCA